GAAAAGAAAACUUCACUUUACGUGGGAAAAAUUCCUGAAGGAAUUCCGGAUGACAAAGUGAAGGAAUUACUUGAGAUAUGCGGCACAGUCGUUUCAUGGAAGCGCGUGGAAGAUGUAGAAACCAAAAAGCCGAAAGCAUUUGGAUUUUGUGAGUAUGAGAAGGCUGAACACGUCAUGCGUGCUUUGCGAUUGCUCAAUGGAUAUAAGGUG